GCUGGGGCAGGGCUCGGGUCCUGCGCAGUGGCCUAAUAUUAGUCGGAUUGUAGAGGCAGUAUGUCUGGAGCUCUGCUCCAAUUAUCCAGUAGGGAAGGUGAAGUGGGGUGUUUCAAUGAACCACUGGGCUGCCAUUCUACACGACUACCAGGCCAUAUGGAGACUGGUGGGGAACUGUCCAGCACUGAGGGGACGGACGAGGAUUCAGUUGUUUGAGGUCAAUCAGCGGACGCUUUCUGUCUGGAACAACAACUACAGGAAGAAGCUGGAGGCAGAUGUGCUGGCUCUGAGUGUUCCCUUGCCUCAGAUCAGCAUGGUGUCUCACAGUCAGCUUCCUCUAGCCAGGCAGAUGACGUCAAUGCCCUCUGCACCUGGGUCGUCACUUAAAUCUUUCCCCCAUGUUGCAAACCCUGAUCUGUCAGGUCAGGCCACACGACGUGGGCAGCGACCUCCUCCCCCUGCAUCAGCACCUGUGCUCUCUGCUCAAAGGACAGCGUCUCUCUCAGCUCCUCCCGCAGCAUCCCUCUCUGCUCCAGCAACAUCGAUGAGCAGAACAACUCUGUGGAGGAAGAGGAAAGCAGCAGAGGUUUUUGCUCAAGAGCAUGAACUCUUUUUCUGGGCUGCCCACAUUGAGUGCACGCAUAUAGUUUCUGCGCAGGUUGCUGGGGACAGGGCAGCCCAGAAAAAGAGUUUGGGCACACCAGGAAUCUGCCAUCUGGACCCGCAAAUCUGUGUUGUCCAGGUCCUGUGA